AUGGAAAAAAUAGAAACAGGCCCGGACAAGGACAGUGACAACAAUUAUCCUUACGAAGCAUUGAGUACUGAUAAAAUAGUGAAAGACAUGCUCGAAUCAAUAAAGUCAAUAGGUGCAAUAAUAGAAAUACCGGCAACAACCACGCGAAUUUUGCUCCAACACUUCAAAUGGGAUCGGGAAAAAUUGUUGGACAAGUUUUACAGUGAAGACCGCAGUCAGCUGUUCAAGGAUACGCAGGUGGUUGACCCAGCGAGACAAUCUUCGUUACCCGAAACGGUCGGAGAGUUAGCAGCUGCCGAUAUAGAAGAAGACUGCGCCAUUUGCUUCAUGCCAUUGGCACGAAAUAUGAUGACUGGACUUGAAUGUGGGCAUCGAUUCUGCGAAGACUGCUGGAAUGAGUACUUGACGACUAAAAUAUUGGAAGAAGGUGAGUGCCAAAAAAUUAGAUGUCCGGCUCAUAAAUGCGAUAUACUUGUUGAUGAUGAAACUGUAAUGCGAUUGAUUAAAAAAUCUGAUGUUAAAGUUAAGUACGAGUAUCUGAUUACUAAUAGUUUCGUCCAAUUUAAUAGAUUGCUAAAAUGGUGCCCGAGUCCAGGGUGUACUAACGCGAUAAAAGUUCAAUACUCUGAUUUUAAAUUGGUAAAAUGUAGUUGCGGGUAUACGUUUUGUUACAAGUGUACUAGCAAGUGGCACGAACCGAUAAAUUGUGAAUUACUGAAGAAAUGGAUGAUCAAAUUUGAGGAAGAUUCAGCAACAUCUGCAUGGAUUGGACUGAACACUAAAGAUUGCCCUAACUGCGCGACGCCUAUUGAGAAAAAUGGCGGAUGCAAUUUGAUACAUUGCUCAAAAUGUGCGUUUAAUUUCUGUUGGAUGUGCUUAAAUAAGACUACUGACCAUCAUUGUCAGUGCAAUCGUUUCAAAAAUAAAGACGACGAAAAUCGUGAGGGUUCUAAAAAAGAAAAAAAAUCGGCGUUACGUAAAUAUUUUCAUUAUUCUGACCGGUUCAUGAAUCAUGCAAACUCCCUUAAGUUUGAAAGCAAUUUGUAUGAUUCUGUCAAGGAAAAAAUGUUUGAAAUGCAGAGAAUAACUAAUUUGACUUGGGCCGAGGUCUUGUUUUUAAGGAAUGCUGUUGAUACUCUCUGUCGAUGCAGAACAAUUCUCAUGUAUACUUACGCGUUUGCAUAUUAUAUUGUCAAAAACAACCAGUUUAACAUCUUUGAAGAUAAUCAGGAGGAUCUAGAACAAGCUACUGAAUCUCUGUCUCAGUUUUUGGAGCAGGACCUUAAAAAUGAAGAUCUUAGUGAAAUAAAGCAGAAAGUUAUGAACAAAUCUAAUUACUGCGAAAACAGAAGAAAAGUGCUGGUUGAUCAUGUCUACGAAGGUUAUGAAAAAGAUUGGUGGUCUUACUGGAGUAUGCACUGA